AGCCUGCAGUGUCCAACGAGCGUCUGCCAGCCCUGCCUCAGAUACAAUCGCAUCCUAGCGCCUCGUCAAACUCUUCUUCCCCUCGAGGCGACUCCAUUAGCUCUGGUUCAGUGGUCGGUGGAAGCGCAGGUUCCCAUACAUCUUACGCCGCAUCGAUCAACGGUCAGACGACUGGGUUCAAGACGCCCUCUCCCGAGCACACCCCACAGUCUAUCCGUCGCGACUCUCACGUGAACGCGCAGUCACCGUUCGGAACCCAAGACGGAUACGGCUUUGCUACAGGCGGCUACAACAGCAUGAACCAGAUGCAAUCGUAUGCUGACGUGCAUCAACCCCACAUGGCUACCGCUACCCACGCUCCAGCGUCAGCUCCCCCUUCGGGCCUGUCGCAUUACUCGUACCCCCCGCAGCAGUCCUCGAUGAUGCAGCCUCAACAUCAGUACAGCCAAGGCCCGCCCGGAUAUCCAUAUGGCUACCCCACCGGUGUUCCUUCGCAGAUGCCUGCUUCUUCUGGUUCAAUGAAUCCGGCUAUGGUGCCUUCAACGCUCCAGCUGCCAGCUAUGUCGUCCGGAGCCCCCGCGUCAUCACUACCCGGUUCCCAGAGCUAUCAAUCUCAGACCUUUGACCAUACUGGCCAGGUCGCUCCUCCAGGAAUGAAGCCCCGUGUGACUGCCACGCUGUGGGAAGACGAGGGCAGUCUUUGCUUUCAGGUUGAAGCGAAGGGCGUGUGUGUUGCUCGCCGUGAAGACAAUCACAUGAUCAACGGCACCAAGCUUCUGAAUGUCGCGGGAAUGACCCGGGGUCGUCGCGACGGCAUACUGAAGAGCGAAAAGACGCGCCAUGUCGUUAAGAUCGGCCCAAUGCAUCUCAAGGGUGUUUGGAUUCCUUUUGAGCGAGCUCUCGAGUUUGCCAACAAGGAGAAGAUCACCGAGCAGCUGUAUCCUCUGUUUGUCCACGAUAUUGGAGCACUGCUUUAUCAUCCCUCGAACCAGACGAGGGCAAGUACACAUCAGCGAUACUUGUCCGGACCGGCAGCGUCGCAACCUCCAUCGCUCCAUCAUCACCACUCGAUGAGCAACCCCAUUGGUGCUGCCAUGUCCCAACCACCGCAUGCUAUCCAGCCGCACCCUUCGUCAGGUCGCCCAGGCAUCGACCGGGCUCAUACCUUCCCUACUCCUCCCACAAGCGCCUCAAGCAUCAUGGGUAUGGGCAACCAAGGUAGCUCUUACGAGUGGAACGGCGCCAAUGUCCAGAACUCCCAAGGGGGUCAGCCGCUGUCGAUUGACACCGGACUGAGCAACACGCGCUCUGUACCAACAACCCCCGCCAGCACUCCACCUGGCGCUGUGCAGCAGGGCAUGUCCUACGCUUCUGGUCAGAGCUUUGAUGGCUCCAGACCCUUGUACUCGGGACCACCAUCUCAACCAGGCCAAUACGCGCAGGGCCAGCCCAUGAUGGGAUACCGUCAAGACGGUUCUUACCCAAAGACCGAGAUGGCACCACCAUCGCGCAUCAGCGAUGUGCCGGAUGAAGGCGACGUGAAGCCAGCCGAUGGCAUGAUGCCGCAGGGUAGCGAGCAGGUGGCUCCUCCCCAAGCCGGAAGCGAGGGCGAUCAUGAAAAUGAGUACACCCACUCCGGCGCUCCUUACAAUGGAAACAGAGGCCCUUACGGAUACGCCUCCAACGGUGCACCUGGCGCCAUGCACCCCGACCACGCCCACCUGUCCCCUGAAAUGACGGGAUCGCCCCACCAAAACGGGUCCGGACGAGCCACGCCUCGAUCGGCAGCUACCGGUCAACCUCAAUGGAACCCGGGCUACUCCACGCCGCAGCGUCAAGGACCCCCUUCCAGCAACCUCUACAGUGUUAUGAGCGAUCCUCGAGGUGCCCCUAACGGUAACGCAGCUCACGAUGCUUACCAAGGUCCCGGCGCUGUCUCGCAGUACUCUACCCAGGGAUACCCUCCCUCCAACGGAGUGAACAACUCCGGUAAGCGCGGUCGCGACGAUGAGGAGCAGGAUCCAUAUCGCCCUGACAGCGUUCAAGGCGACGAUAUGGGCGGCCUCAAGAGACGCAAGACUAUGGAGGGCGGUGCAGUUGGUGGAAACUACGCCGACCCCAACCCUGGCAUCCAGCGCGCGCAUACCAUGACGGCCCAGGCCCAGCGUACCAGGCGGUAAUCGGACUCAUUCGCGCAAGCAUUCGGGUGGCCAGCUGCCUGUUCUCACAUUAGAAGGCGGUUUGGUCUGUAUCUACAGCGGUUUCGCGGCAUUGAGCGAGCGGUCUUUUCAGCAGCAACA